AAACCAACAAAAAAAAACUAACUCGACAACUAGAUAUCUAUUUUGCACCAUAGGAAUUUAAUGUUUAAGCUAGACUUAAGUGUCAGUCAGUUGUAUUUUCCAUCUAAAUACCAUGGAUAAUGAUAUAAAUUGCACGACAGAGGAAAUUCUAACAUUUAUUCCAACCGACUAGGAUAUGUGUAAUCUAGAAAACGGUUAAAUGAAAGUGGUUUGCUAGAUGACAUAACCUGUAUGCAGUAUGAGAAGGGAGAUCAUCCAUGUCUUUCUCUUUCUACUGAAGAGACUGAAACAGUUGUUCCCCCUGCUGAUAUUUAUACUGUCGUUUGUAUUCAUCGCACAAGAUCAAAUGACGACAUCCGUUCGUAAAUUCAAAACAAGAAAGUCAGCGCAUGUCAUACAGAGGCACAACUCGCUCAAACCGUUUCCUCAGGUAGCAUCCUCUAACACGACGGCAUACACACUUCGACAAACAACAGGAACAACACUGGCAGAUUUUAGUAAUUACAGCAUAAAUGGAGAAAGAAAUGCAGCUAGAACAAGAAGUGUUUGCCAGAAAUAUCAUUCGUUACAACAGCAGAUCCAGCUUACUACACGAUUUAACAGAAACAAUACCUUACUCUUUUGUCCUAUCUAUAAGGUCGGAACGACAUUUUGGAGACGAGUGUUUAUGAUAGACAGGGAGAAGAAAUACUCAAAACUUGUAAAUCCAUAUGAACUGCCUUUCGACAAAGAGUACCCAGCUGCAAAAUUUAUAUGGAAAAGAAAUGUAACUACGACACAAUACAAAGUAAUGUUCACACGAGAUCCUUAUAAUAGACUGUUUUCAUUCUUUGUAGACAAGAUGGUGGCCCCAAAUCCUUAUUUCUGGAAAACCGUUGGGAUUAAAGUGGCUGUUCUGACGAGAGGAAUUCGGAGGGAAAAACUUAAAACAGUGUGUGGCCAUGAUAUAACAUUUCCGGAAUUUAUUAAAUACGUUAUUCAUACACUUGAAACAAGAACAAAUAUUGAUCCGCAUUGGAUUGAAAUGGAAAGAAACUGUUAUCCGUGUGAAAUGAAGUAUGAUUUCGUUGGUAAAAUGGAAGAUUUUCAAGAAGAUUCUACGCAAAUUCUCAAUAAACUUGGAUUAACAAAGAUGGCGUCAUUUCUUGAGAAAAACGGAAAGAACGCUGCUGUUGAAGAUGCAAUGAAAGAUACGCUGAGUCAGCCAUUUUCAUUUCGUGCUAAAUAUAGAACUUGCAUGUCUUUCAAAGACGCUGUACUGCGUGCCUGGCAGAAAUUACAAAUUAGAGGUCUAAUUGGAAAUGAUACAUUGGAUGUUUCAUUAAUUAACGAAAAGAUAACAAAACUUAGCGAUAUUAUUUUGCGUGCAAAGGAAUCUAGACAGUCAUCCACGUCUCUUCAACGUAAAACAAUAAAAAAUGAUAUGUUCAAAUACUUUUGGGGCGGUGUGCCUUUUAGUGACUUGUUGAAACUGCAAAAGCUUUACGCGAAAGACUUUGAACUUUUUGAUUAUGAAAAAGGUCCCUCUAUAUUAUUUCAGUCGCAAAUAGAUUCUUAAGACUC